AUGGUUUUCUCCAAAUGGUUUUCAAGAUACAAGGAUGUGUUCAUGGAAGACGCAAAGCAGCUUUCUGAAAAUACCAAAUCACAGCAGGAGGCAGAGAUCAGGCAGAGGCUGAUCACAAUACUGGAUAGAGACCACAAAGCAGGCAAAACGGUCUCACUGCAACAAUUGCAUCAGGAGUGCGAAAACUUCUUAAGCCUUAAGAGAGACAGUGAAGUUGUCGCCGGAACUAUGAAACUAGUGGAAGCCACGUCCGUCCAGAAGCGAAAGGAAAUAGAAUGUUGGAACUGCGAAGGCAAACAUCGUGCUAGUGGAUGCCAGGCAAAACCGUGGUUCUGCAAGAAGUGCAGGAAGGUCGGUCACAAGGAAAAGUUUUGUGACACUUUACGACAAAAGAAGACUGCGAGUCGCACAGAGGCGACGCAGAAAACUCAGCAUACUAAAGAGAAGUUCUCGAGGAACAGAAACAACAGAGGUCCGAGAAAGCAAGUACGAAUCGUCAAGAUUGCAAAUGCAGCAGUUCAGGCAAACUCUUCCCGUGUGUACAUCGAUGCCGUAGUGAACAACUACUCUAUAUAUGGAAAGCUUAAAUGCAAGAUUACCAUGAAAGGUGUCACUACUGAAGGAGACGCCUAUGUGACGCCGCAUAGCUCACUUUUGGGUCUCGAAUGGAUUCGAGCAAAUGAGAAUUUGAUGUACCACAUAGAAAUGAUGGCUGAAGUGAAGGCCAACUGCAACCCCAGACGUAAAGAAGAGUUGAAGAAAACGUUGAAGAGAGGAAUCAGAAACCUCAAAGGGGAAGAGAAACUGUCAGAGGAUACGUUCAAUGUUAUACGGCAAGCACACCGAACCACCCCACACAGAUGUCUUGAGGACAGAACUGAAUCAUUGAAAAGCAGCAAUACGACAGGAGAAACGGUUCUAUUUCGAAGGAAAUUCCAUAAGGGAAGACGACGUAACGCGGCAGAGCGGAGAAAGCCCCACACUCACACAUGGAAGCAAGGAGUUGUCGCAAAACGCCUUGGGAAGGUCAACUAUGAGGUCCCCGUGGAAGGAAGACUGAUGCGGAAACACGCAAACCAAUUACGACACAGCAACACAAGGACAAGCUGGAAUCGUGUAGACAAAUCGUUGAAAACCCUGCUCGACAUGUUAGAAGUGGACGACAAUUGGCUAAAAAGCAACGACGAUACUGCUAGUGACUUGGAC